AAAAGUUAGUCUAAUGUAUGAAGAGUUAAAUAGAUGAAGGGUCCAUCAUUUAGAUGACCUCUAGAGGCAGAAGUCAGUUCUGUCUUAUUCUUGCCUCUUUGGACCUUGCUGCUUGUUCAUCAUCUCUUGUGGGGUGUCUUUGUUCUCUCCAUAAAAAUACAUCAUAAACUAGACCCUCCCUUCAACAUUUAGAGGUGAGACUAGAUUCAACUUAAAGUUUUGUAUUUGAAGCUUUUGAUUCCAAGAAAGGAAGUGAAAGAAUGGAGGAUAAAUAUAGUCUAAUUAGGAAGCAUAGUGAGCUAUGGAGGACAUUGAGAGAUGAAGAUUUUGAAGAAGAAGAAAUUUGGGAUGUAGUGAAAGAAAGACCAAAUUACAUAUCUGAAGUUCAUAAGCCAAAGGAGAAGAAGGAACUAUCUUCUCUUCCAAUUCCAACAGCUGCAAGAAUGAUUCCAAUUCCAAGGACUAGUAGUGGAAGUAGUAGUGCUAAUUUAUCUCAUGAAACCAUGGCUUUUCAGCAAUCAGCACCAGUUAACAUUCCUGAUUGGUCAAAGAUUUAUGGUAAUAAUAAUAAUAAACAAAACAAGAGUACUAAGAAGGUUUCUAGGUAUAAUGAAUAUGGUUACUAUGAAGGUGAUGAUGAAGUUGUUUAUCAUGGUGGUGAGGAUGGAGAAGAAGAUGAUGAUGAUGAUGAUGAGUAUAGUACUAGGGUUCCACCACAUGAAAUUAUUUCAAGAAGGCUUGCAAGGAGUCAAAUAUCUUCAUUUUCUGUUUUUGAAGGUGUUGGGAGGACACUUAAAGGUAGGGACCUUAGCAAAAUGAGGAAUUCUGUCCUCAUAAAAACUGGUUUCCUUGAAUCAUUGUGAUCAAGGGUUUUUCAUGAAUUUAAUUUGUAAUGUAUAGGGAUUAUGCACAUGGUUUUAAAUUGCGAAUGCGGUUAUGCUGCAAACUUUUAAUACGGUCAAAAUUGCGGUUGUACUACCCGAAAAUCUUUUAUGUUGCGAUCGCAAUUAGGGCUGCCGACCGUAAUUUAAAACCAUAGUCAGUGAUAGUUUAGUUAUUGAGAUUGUUUGCAUGUUGUGUUUUUUAGGGGUAUGAAAUUAAUGAUUCUAUCAAUUUUGCUUUUACCAUGAAAA